AUGACCACAUCCAACCCAAUCCCACCACUCUCAGUCGAGGAGGAAGACGCUAUAAUACACACCAGGAUAACAAACGACGAAAGACCUCUGCGCCGCAUAGCAAAAAAGUUUCACACAUAUGCAUCUCUAGUUCACCCAUCGCCGGUUCACUCAAGUCAUGCAGGGAACAUAGACGAUGCAAGGGAGGCUUUCCUAAUUGAACUCUCUUCGUUCGAACUCUCGCUCAAAAAAAGUAUCAUGGUCUGCGAGGCAGAAGCACGGCAGGUAGAGGAGUACCAACGCGAGCGGCGAAGGAUUGAAGCGGAACAUGAAGCAUUGCGUGCUCAGAUUGCCGAACUCAAGAUUGCACUUGAGCACGCUCAGACAGAGCGCAAGAGGAAGAUAGAGUACGAUUCCGUUGCAGAAAAGAUCAACACGUUUCCAAGCCGUGAUGAACUCCACCAAGCCAUCCUCUUACUAGAGAAUGACAUGGCAGCUAUUAGAGCAGAGCAUGAGACGCAAGAACGCAUCAUUCAGGGCCAAAAGUCCGCGUUGGACGGUAUCGUCAUGGACCUUUCAUCAUUGCGGCUAUUAGGGAAAGAUAAGGAUGUUUCGCAGCUCGGUAGUCCGUUAACAACCCCUGCCCCGGAAUUACCUGACUCAGAUGAAGGUGGUGGAAGUUCAUUGCCAAAAGAUGACGAGAGGCAAGGGGAGGGCAUCGAGUACGGAGAAGUCCCAGAGGGGAAGGAAGAUGGGGAAGAUGACGGAUCGUUUGAUUUGUUGUCAUCGUCAAAACUUGGCCCCUCCUCCCAGGGGUUUCUAUCACACCAGUCUGGUACGCCACUGUCAUCGCAGAGGGACCCUCAGGCCCAGGGAGGUGUGUCAGCUGAUGUAGACGAUGAUAUCGAGAUGGGGGAAGUUGCGGAGGAUCCCAAACCCAAGAGGAAGGCCAGGGAAGACUUAGAGGAAGGAGAGGCAAGCGACUCCAGCAGCGCGUUGUCAGAUCCUCCAGACGACUAA